AUGCUGACACACAUUUUAGCCAUUCGCACUUCGCCGCGGAUCUCACCAAGUUUCCACUGUCAGGAACUUGAGCCCUUUCUGCGACUUGGUCGCCUUCGCCGGUGGCUGGCCUCCUUCGGUGGAACGCUCAUUCACCGCGACUUGCCUGAUCUGGCCGAGUCGGACAUGGACAAUGGAGAGAGCACUUCUCACGCGGAUGAGCAGCAGGCCCGGGAGACGUGUGAUCUGGCCCUCUGCCGGCAUUUUGCCACCCAUCGCCUGCUUGCCGGGGGGGAUGUGCGCUCGGCGCUCCGGGCGCUCAAGUCCCCGGAUUUGACCGGGUCCCUUCGUGAAUCUUGCCUGGAUCCGGAUGUAUACUCCACCUGGCGCGACUCGGUCGUGAAGUAUGUCAGCUUUCUCGGCCAGGCACGGCUAGACCGGGAGCCCUUCGGCCUGAGUCCACUCGAGCCGAAGCCCCCUCAUGCCGAGGGCCAACCCGCCUGGGACCCAAAGAGCAUGACCCUUCCCCCGGUUAAGUUCAUCCGGCUGUCGUGGCUAUUGGCGGCAGUUGAGGCGGCCGGGGCUCCGGUGGAUCCGCGCAGCGGCCUGGUUUGGACUCGUCGGCACGCGGAAUUGGCUGGCAGCAUGGUGCACGGGAGCCCUCGGGGCGCUUUUUGGACAGCCACGCAUACUUCCAUGCCGGAGGCUUGCCCCUGCAUCCAAGGCGCCUGGGCCCAAGCAGUUGCUGCCCUCAACGCGGGUGACAACCAGCAGCCGGCCUUUGGCCGGGUCAGCCACUGGGUGCUGGCCCCCUGGGCCGAGGGCCGCGUGGCAUACUACUCGCCGGCCAUCUCCCUGUCGGUGGACCUCCGGUCAUCUGGCAGCAUGACGCCCGCGGAGCGGGACUUACUCAAGGCCGUCGGCCAGGCGUGUCUCCUGCUGCAUCAGUCCUCGCUGUUGGGCCUCCGCGCUCCAGGGGGCUUCCGCGUGGUGGUGGAUCGCCCGCGCGAGGCGGGCCCCACUGCCUCCUUUCCCCCUGUCCCGCUGGCAUUGGAUUACACAUCGUGCGCGAGGUGCUCCGCCGUCCUGACGCUGCCUUGGCUUCACAAUGCGUGCAUGUCCCUGAAGCGCAACCAAGUCACCAUCGACCAGUCCAGUGUGCUGCCCUUCCUGCUGAGGGCUUUCAAGUUCCGCACCAUAAAGGACACGUCAAAGACCUGGGCCAAUCCGACGCCGACCCAAUUGCGGAGCUUCAACUCUUCAGUCACCCAGCUGUCCGCCCUCUGUCGUGGCAUCCUUCAGCAGCACACCGGCCUCGCGUCCCUCCUUGCCGAUACUCGCAUGCUGCCGGCCACCGUGCGAGCCCACGCUGCGCCCCUUUUGGCGGACCGAGAUCCCGGCCAGGCCGACAUGGCAGAUCCCUCGGCCAUUCCUUUGGCCGAACCCCCGGCCGGCCCUCUUCCCGGCCUCCUGGCUGGGUCAAAGACCACUCCGGCGCCCGGACCGGUCGGCCUCCCCUCCCCGGCCCCUCCACCAGCCUCGCCGGAAUCUGUCCCACGAAAGAAGGCCUUCUCCGUGCCAGGCGUCGAGCGCGACCUCUCGCCCCGCCGGCCUCCCGGGUCGGGCUCGCCCCGGUCCUCGAUGCUCCUUCGAUAUACCGAGCAUGUGGGGAUGCUUGCUGUCUCUGCCUCGGCUCAGGCGCUACACGCGAUCCAAGGGAGAUCGGGGCAAGCGGCCUCGCCUCAUGGCCCGGCGGCCACCAGCCACCCGGCCGAUGCUGGCGGCUCCAUGAAUGCAAAUCCGCCCCCCAUGCAUGGCGCUCAGCCGGGCCAACACUCUGCCGGGCUUGAUGCGGGUGCCGCAGUGGAUUCGGCCAACCGGACCAUGAGUCUACAUGCCCUUCGGCGAUGGCCCUCCUCUCAGCAGCAGGCACCUCCCCCGCUGCUGGCCGGGCCUUCGUCAUCGCACACCUCCGCGGCUAGCUCGCGCUCCGGAGCCUCAGACGGCACCUCCGAGUGGGACAGCUACCUGCAGUCAUCUUCGGCUUUGAGACGGAUCCUUCACUGGCGGCGUCGCCGCCGGGAACGCCCCCUCGAUCAGCUCGAGGACCAUGAUGAGCCAGAUCAGUCAGUCCGACCGGACCGGCCAGAACGCCCGGAACGCCCAGACCAGCCAGACCAGCCAGACCAGCCAGACCAGCCAGACCAGCCAGACCAGCUUGAGGAUCCGGCCAGCCCGCUACGAAAGCGGUCACGCCCGGACACCCCGAAAAAGCGCCCUGCCCAGGAGCCGAGUGGGGACAUGGCCGGGGACAAGGCUGCUGGCAGGCCCCCUUCGCCCCCACUGGGGCCCGACUUUGCCCGGCCGACAUCCUUCCAUUACGCUGUGUGGAUGGCCACCUGGGCGGACAUUCGGGACCGGCUGGCGCUGCGUCUGCUGCUGCGUUUCCUGGACCAUCUGUCUGCCCAGGUGGCCGACAUGGCUGCGGCGAGUCCAGGUGACACGGCUGUGCGCACAUGGGCCGAGCAGCUGCACGCCCGUACCCUUUCGCGACUGAAGUGCAUGCACGGCAUGUCGGCCGGGUCGUUGGAUAUCUUGCUUCCGGGCGAUGGCGGGCCUGUGGCCCCGGCCCCGGCGUGGGCGGCCCCGCUUUUGAAUGCCUUCCGCCAGGCAAACGCGCCGGGAUCCAGCGACUCCGGCUGGGGACCCGAUGACUCGGACCAGGGAUCCGAAGAGGGCACCUCUCCGUCCGUGGUGGAUCGGGGCUUGGCUCGGUUGUCGGCUCGCCGGCGAGGGCAGAGCGUCCACUGCAACCACUUGCUGGCAUCCGGCGGCCAGCCGAUCCUCUUCACAGCGGUCAAUGAACUUCCCCUGCCGGCGGGCUGCCGGGCGGAGAUCAUCCGCCACACGAAGCAGGCAUGCCGCACGCUGGAGCGCCUGUUCCCCUCCUUGGAGUUGGGCCAGCUGCUGGCACAGGCACUUGCCAAGGGCGAGGCGAAGGAUCUGGCGGAAACCCUUGCCAGCGAGGUGGGCCUCCUGCAGGAGAUGGGCUUCUCCCAGGUGUGGCCGGUCAUCGCUCGGGCCGAUUGGACCACUGUCAUGGCCAGCGAUCAGGAUGACGAGGAUGAGGGGCCGCUGGCGAGCUUGGUGGAUGCCUUUUGCCGGCGCUUCCAGGCCAACCACAUGUCCGACCCGCGGAUGUGCCGGGUUUUGGUGGCCGACCGGGCGCGCAUAUCUUGCCGCUUUGCUGGGGCCUUCACCCGCGCGGAGUUCAUCGUCUCGCCGCGGUGGAUUGUCGACUCGCUGGAAAAGGGCGAGGUGAUCUAUCCGGAACCCUAUUUGAUGCGCGAUGCGGCGGUCGAGCGACACCUGAAUGUGUCGCUGGCCGCCUUGUCGGAUGUGGCUUUCGACAACCGAAACCAAACGUCGGCGGUAUUCAGCUCGAGCUGUGUCAUCGCUGUCUCUCCCCGGUGCUAUCCCACCUUCUUCCAGUUACACCGGGCGGUCGGGGCCAUCAGCGAAGCAACGGUGGUUGUCUGGGAGGAGGAUCUCAUGAAGCGCCUUUAUCGGCACUUGGGUGACGAGCACUGGGGCCUGAUCCCCGGCGAUCGGGCCGUCCUUUCACGGCACCAGCGGGAUUACGUUUUGAUCGGCUGCGAUUUGGACGAGCUGGCUCUUGGUUCGGCGACCGAUGGUCCUCCUGGUGACCAGCCUCUGGAGGAUCCUUGCAGACACCUGGUCACCCGGGAGGCUGUGCUGCAUGCGGAAAUGCAGCUUUUCUUCCCCCGGCAUUCGAUUUACUCGGGCGAAUGGGUGGUCGAGUCGCUGCUGGUCGGUCUGCCGGCAGACACGCGCUCGCGCACGCAAAGGUGCGCCCAAUGCUGCUCGCCAUGCUUAUGGUGGAACAAGUAG